GCGGCGGCAGCGGCUCCCAGACCGGAUGUUUCUGACUAGGUUGAAUUCCCGUCCUGAUAUUAAGAGGAGCACUCACUGUGGGCCGGGGCAGUGCUUGUGAAGAAGGGAAGGAGAGGAGUCAUUCUGACAUGACACAAGUAGACCUGUUUCUGCUAAAGGAUGGCAUCUGCCCGGACAACCGCAGCCUGAGUUUGAACAGGUUACGAUAGAUGUUUGCACAGAAAACAUCAGUGUCUCUCCUUUUUGGUACCAAGAUGGUGUGCAUUGCUGUAUGAGGGUGGGAGUCUGCCAAGGAGCUCGAGCCUCACGAGGCGGUUGCUGUCCCAUCGGCCAGAUCCCUGGACCAUGUCGGACGUCAUCCUGAACCUGGACUUCACCCGUGGGCCGGGCCCGAGGCAGCGCACAGGACAGAGCCUCAAACACCGGCGCUUCCUGCAGCGGAGGGCGUACCUGGAGAGGAAGGGAUACCUGCACAGGAAGCAGGUGAAGCCAGUGAGCAGCCAUAACUCUGUCACUCCCUCCGGCCUGGGACACAGGCCCCAGCCAAAGCUCAUUACCCAACCUUGCCUCAAAACCCCUACACCAGGACAGAAGCCCACGCACCCUUCGGAGAGGAACCUGCUACUCACUGAGUGUCAGAGUGGCCUCUCGCCUUUCCAGCGUAACUCAGGGGGCAACAACAAAGGUUCCUCCUCCUCUUCCUUUUCCUCCUCCUCCACCACCUCCUUGUCUGCACCCUGCCCCUCAUCCGUCACCAAGCCCUACAAGUGCGUGGCCCUGGAUUGUGAGAUGGUGGGCACGGGGCAGGGGGGGAAGAAGAGUGAGCUGGCCCGCUGCAGCGUGAUCGGUUAUGACGGGGACCUAGUCUACGACAAGUACAUCCUCCCGCCCAACCCCAUCACUGACUACCGCACGCGCUGGAGUGGCAUCCGCCGACAGCACAUGAAGAAUGCCACACCCUUCAAACUGGCACAAAAAGAGAUACUGAAGGUCUUGUAUGGGAAGAUUGUCAUCGGCCACGCCGUCCACAACGACUUCAAGGCACUCAACUACUUCCACCCUCAGUCGCUGACCCGGGACACCUCAAAGAUCCCCCUCCUGAACCGAAAGGCUGGCUUCCCUGAGAAGGAAUCUGUGUCACUGAAGAAACUCACAAAGCAGCUGCUUCAUCGGGACAUCCAGGUGGGCAAGAAGGGCCACUCUUCUGUGGAAGAUGCUCGUGCCACGAUGGAGCUGUACAAACUGGUUGAGGCUCAGCUGGAGUCGGAGGGGGCCACUCAGACAGAGGAGAAAUAGCUGGCGUCUUGGGAGAGGGUGUGGUGAGCAGCAGCUGCCUGCCUGUGGGAAAGACAGUAUUCACCACACCCCCCACCCUCCCCCACCUCCCCAGACGUGGACAGAGCUAGAGGUGCAACUUUGGGACCCUUUUCCGAAGACUAAAUCUCACAAAGUUGGACAACUCAAGACGAUCUGUACUACAGAGGUCAACCGGUAACCAAGUACUGAAAUUGUGUGGUUCAUUUAACAAUAACACGGAAAAGAGAAAACGAUUUUAAAGGUUUGACCCUGUCACACUGUGUCCUUUCUCAAGGGAUUUAAUCCCUUCUAAGGCUUGAGAAGUUGCUCGUUUUUAAGGCAGAUUGCACCAUUUUUUUUGUAUUUCCAUAUAUCUGCAGAAACGAGAAGAAGAGAGAAGCUUUUAACCCUGUUGUUCCUGCUGUGUUUUUCUCUGG